GGCGGCCAAUCGUCUGUCGCUCGAGGGGUGGGGACGGAGCCGGGUUCCUUGCACGCCCCUGUAGGGUCUCGCGGAGCAUGCGCAGAAGGAAUGGCCGGGCUCGCAACCCGGAAAUGAAGGGGGAGCACGCUUCGGCCGCUCUUCCACCUUCCGCGCUCAAGUGCUGUCGCAGGAGAUGGAUUGGGACCAGCUUGACCUGAACCCCAAGGUGGUCGCUGCCCUUAAGAAAGCUGACAUAAAAUCAAUAAAAGAAGUUUUAAAUCUUUCCGGAGCAGACUUGCAAAGAUUGAUGAAACUAUCCAGCGCAGAUAUAGAAUGUCUGCUGAAAACAGUCUCUCACACGCUCAGGAGAAAUUGUAUGCUUACAGCACUUCAGCUCUACCAAGAUAAGGAUCAUUUUGCCUCCCAGCACCAGAAGCUAAGCCUGGGAUGUUCGGUACUAGAUAACUUGUUAAAAGGUGGCAUCCCUUUAGUGGGAAUCACAGAACUUGCUGGAGAAAGUUCUGCUGGGAAGACUCAGAUUAGUUUGCAGCUGUGCCUUUGUGUGCAAUAUCCUUACAAAUAUGGUGGAUUAGAGUCUGGAGCUGUCUACGUUUGUACAGAAGAUGCGUUCCCAAGUAAACGUUUGCAACAACUCAUAGAUCAACAGCAUAAGCUGCGUGCAGAUGUUCCACCUGAAGUCAUACAGAAGAUCAGAUUUGGAAACAAUAUCUUCGUUGAGCAUGCAGCAGACCUAGACACCUUCCACAACUGUAUUACUAAAAGGAUUUCCCUGCUGCUCAGACGAGGCGUGGUGCGGUUGGUGAUCAUAGACUCUAUUGCUGCGUUAUUUCGAUGCGAAUUUGGAGCUUCAGAUUCUGUUCUGAAGGCUCGAUAUUUGCAGAUGUUCGGAGCACAGCUUCACAGUUUAAGCACUAGAUUCAGCACUCCGGUUGUGUGCAUUAAUCAGGUGACCGAUGCUGUGGGUGAGUCGGAAGCUGCUCAGUGUGGCUGUGGUUCAGUGGAUAACAGAGUCACUCCAGCACUUGGAAUUACCUGGGCAAAUCAACUGCUAAUGAGACUGAUGGUCAGCCGAGUAUCACAGCGCGAACAGUCAACUGGAGCUGUGUUUCACCACACUGGAAGUGUGAGGACUUUAAGAGUGGCUUUUGCUCCUCAUCUACCUCCAUCCUUUUGCUGCUAUACAGUACAAUUGGAAGGUGUGAAAGGAAUAAAGUAAGUCCUUUGUAUAUUAAAAAUUCUUCCUUGGUGAGGGAGUGGAUGCUGAACUCCAUGAAAGGUGAUACGACAACACAGUAUGCAUUUUUUUAGUGUGAGAAGGGCUUUUUAUAUUUGGAUAUAUUUACUGGUGUUUCUAGUCCUCAUGCUGCCAUUAAGCACAUGGAGUUGUUCUUCUAUCAGCAGAGCCUUAGAAAUAAGGCAUUACCACAAAGCAGCUAUCCUUUUUAAGAAACACUUUUUUUAAAAAAUCCUGAUAUUAAAAAGUACCAGAAAGUUACUUGAUUUUAAUGUCUUAUUGCAAGAACUAAAACUGUACUGUUUUCGCACUGUGUAGGCGUAUCUGCCUUUGAGGAAAUGCCUGCAGAUACUUUGGAAGUGAUUCUUUUCCAUUUCUUUCCAAUUCCCUCCCCUCACAGCAGAAGCCAAGUUAACCUCUUCCACUUAACAACAAACUACACACCUCGUUCUGUUUUCCCAUGUCUCAAACCACAUCUCAGCUGAGUUCUUGUUCUUCCUGAUUCUCUGCACUUCUCUGUUUUGUUGGAUAGAGGGAGCAUUCUUGAAUAUCUUCUGCAUCUCUUCUUCCACCUGUAAUAGCUGCCUCUACUACUUUUCUCAGAGGAGGUUGUUAGAGCCUAACAUUUUAGAGCCUUACAUGAUUUUCUUUGCAUUUUUGUACUAUUUAUCACAUCUUUUUUUCUGCUGGCCUCAAGCCUACUGCUAUGGUGGCUGCUUUUUCUGGUCAUUGCUACAUUCAGGGCCAAAGAAAGCCUGAUCAAGUUAUUCAUCCACAAUUUCCAGAGGCUUUAAACCUUACUCUGCCUAUGUUAUGUGGGUGUGUGCUGUGAUCAGUGGUUGAUACUCACUUGUAUUGUCCUUGUUAAGCUUUCAAACAGAUCCCCCCUCCCCAGCACCCCCCAGCUCGCUGCUCCCCCAGGUUCCCAAACAGGAGCAGUGUCUGCCAUGUUACAGAGUCCUGGCUCUUUCUGGUGUAGUUACAUUUCUCAGUUCUGGCUUUAGGGAGAUGAGAACCUUCUGUUCUCCCCUGUUACACUCAAACAUUGGAGCGAAACAAAGGAAACAGACAAAGCAAGUAGCAUAAUGCUGCUUUGUGUUCUUCUGACAUCCCUGCAGUCACCUCAGGGGACCUUGUGCAAUCAUAGAGCAAGUUGGCUUUAAAGCCCUAUUUUUUUAAACAAAUCUUUAUUAUGUGUAUUUGGAAGUGUGCAUUCUCUUUUUUUUAAAAAAAAAAAAUAAAAUCCAACCAUGAAGAUUUUAAGUCUUUGUGUACUCAAUUUAAGGAAAAAAAAAAGAGCUCUUCUCAGUCUUCAAGCCCUUAUGUUACAUGCAGCAAAAGUAACAAAUUCUCUUCCAUUCCUCUUUACCUGGGACAGAGACUUUGACUGGUACAAUGCUCAUCCUCUUGUAAUUUUCUUUAUUUUCUUUUAAAGCCCCACGUGGCUGUAGCUGAUUAAUGCCAAUCAGCCUACCCCUACCCAAUGAGCCUGCCUCCCUGUACAACAUUCAGAGCAGGCUGAUAGAUGUUAUAUAAUAUUUUGAUAACUUUAUUUGCAACCUGACAGCCCACAGCAAUGAGAUGUUAAAUAAGCACAGAUGCUGCUGUAAUUUAAGUCCCAGUUUAUGUGGAAGAACACUAUCAAGUGAUUUAAAUAACAUCUUACCUGACCAAAUCUUCCUGCCAUUGCCCAUGUUGGUUCUCAUCUGGCUUUCCAGCUGCAGUUUUAACUCUGAGUUAGCAUACAGUGCAGUGAGGUUCCUAGCUCACAAGCACAUACAAAAGCCAAACCACUGAAAUGUAACUGACCUCCAAGCUUACUCAGGCAGCCACCAGCUGAAGUUGCAUGUUCAGCUGCAGUUGUACUUUCUACCAGCCUUUGAAAUCUCGAAUGCUGUUCUUGCAUCGCUACAGCUCUGGGGUGCAAAGACUGGACAUCCCAAGUUAUCUGGAGAAGCAGCUGCCCUGUUCAAGGCUUCAAGUGUCAAAACACACAAGUUUUAAUAAAUACAAUUUAAGAACCUUCCCUUUAUACAGCUUUAUUCAUCUUUGGAUUUCACAACUGAGAUUUGUUUCUAUACAGGAAAAAUUGAACUAAUUUUUUUACAAAGAAGAUUUACAUUCUAGAAGUACACUCAUCUUUACCCUGUAAGACUGUUUUCAAAUAUUUCAAUUUCUACACUUCAAAAAGAAACGUUAAAUGACGUGAGAAAUUUUAAACAGCUUCAAAUUAAUCUACAGCUCUGUGAUGUAUUUAGAGAGACCUUUUUCAGAAGAAACAUGGAGUUCUGGAAACAGAUUGCUUUUGAAAAGUAGAAUUAAAACCAAGUUAAUUAGUGCUCUGCAAAGAUAAAUUUACACAACUGAUGCAUUAACAAAACAUGUAGUAAAACAUAUUAAACAAUCUCAUCACAAGCUUCCUCAUGAAAUCACGGUGAAUUACUACUAUUUGUUACAAAUAACAUUUGUUAUGGGGUAAGACAAACAGGUGAACUCUGAAGUGGAUUUCUUCCACAGCUGUAACAAACUGUAAGUACACAUGGAGAGCACAAUGCAGCAUCUUAAAGCCAAUCUUAGCAUGUUAAAGUUUUAAAUCAAAUACAAAAUCCACAGAUCUAAAAAACA